GUGUGGCUGCACCCUCAGAAAUCAAUAAAAUGUAGUUGUUUCUCUUGUUUUCUAUGGUUAUGGUUGUGGUUAUGGUUGUCUGUUGUCUCUGUUAAAGUUAAAGGACACUUUUUUCUGUGUUGCUCUGAGCAUAGGCUCUGAGUCUUGUUAUUGAUUUCUGAUGAUGUGUGCUAAUGUUUGGAUGUGCAUUUUGUAUUUUUAAAUUUUUACAAAUACCUGUUUAUUGGUAAUAUAAUAUACAAAUAUGAAGAAUGGAAGGAAGCUGUUUGUAACUGUAGGAACUACAAAAUUUGAAAAACUAGUGAAUAGAAUUACAGACGUAUCUAUAUUAAACCUUUUAGUUAAAUUAGGUUUCGAUUUUGUACAGAUUCAGACUGGUAUUGAAUUAUUACAGAUAUCAAUAGAUGCCGAUUUAAAGCACACCAUUUAUAAAAAAAAUGAUUCUACAACUGUAAAAUUUAAAGAUGGUUUAAAUUUAACAUUAAAAUAUAACCGAUUCUUUGAAGAGUUUGAUGAGGAAAUUAAAAAGGCCGAUUUAGUAAUUAGUCAUGCAGGUGCUGGAUCUUGUUUAGAUGUAUUAAAGCAUAAUAAACCAUUACUCGUGGUUAUUAAUGAGGAUUUGAUGGAUAACCAUCAAAGUGAACUAGCUGAACAAUUGCAAAAAAAUGGGCAUUUAUACUACUGCACUGUUGAUAAUCUUGAAGAUGGUUUAACUAGAGAUUUCACUGCUUUAAAAACAUACCCAACAGCAGAUAAGAAUUUGUUUGCCCGAUAUUUAGAUAAAUGCUGUGGUUUCUUGAAUUAAUAAAUGUAAUUUGAGA